CGACUGUAUUGGCAGCUGCCGACCUUUUCUUCUAAACGUUUUAAUCCUAUUAAUUAAAGCGUCCUCCUGAUUGGGUAGACGGCAUGUCCCAACAGGCGACUCUCUGCAAUAACCUGAAAGUGGGAUAGAAAGUGAGUCACAUCCCUCCCAGUGCUCGGGCGCACACUGGAGAAGGAGUCGAGGAGCUGUCUCUCUCUCUCUCACACACACACACACACACACACAGCUCAGUGCACUUUUUUUUCUCAUUUCAAAACGUCACCGAUUUAAAAUUGAAGAAAGGCGAAGAGGGGUAAUCCUUUUUGAUUCAAGUGACUGAUUCUAAAAAAAUGAACGUUGCGGAAGGAGAUCUAUUUCACAGCACAGCAAACAUCUCUGUCAAAGGGAGGGACGAGUUAAAUUCCAUUGUCAAUGACACAUAUAUUGAUGUGCCCCAGCGCUACGGCCAAUCUACAUUUAGCUACAGUGGCACUAGCCGAGGUGCUGAAAUCCGGGAGAGCUGGUCUGGACAAAGCUGUACUUCAUACUCAAUCAGUCAGGAUCCAAAAACGACAGAAAGCAGCGAAGACCAGACAGGAGACGAGGAGGACAGUGACGGCCGGUCUGCCGGGAGCACAAGGAAUCCCAGCAGUGACAACGAGGGUAAACUAAAAAGUUCAAUUGGCAAGAAGGACAAAGAGCCGCGUUCGCUGAGACUGAGUAUCAAUGCAAGGGAGAGGAGAAGGAUGCACGACUUAAACGAUGCACUGGACGGUCUUAGAUCUGUGAUUCCUUAUGCCCAUAGCCCAUCAGUCAGAAAACUGUCCAAAAUCGCCACAUUGCUUCUGGCGAAAAACUACAUCUUGAUGCAGGCUCAAGCUUUGGAUGAAAUGAGGCGGCUGGUAGCUUAUUUGAACCAGGGCCAGGCACUGACAGGACCCAUUCCAUCUGCAGCUGCAUUGACCAACACUCUGAGCUCCUUCGGACAGUCUGCUGUUUACCCAUUUACAGGCACUUCCAUUGCUGCUUGUCCGGACAAGUGCGCUGUAUAUACAGGAACACCGUCCAGUCUUUGCAAACAUUGUAACGAUAAGCCUUAAGCAACAUGUCAAUCCAUUCAUCCAUCUGUCCAUCCAUUCUGUUGUGAAUUGAGACAUUUUGUUUUGCUCCUUUUUGUCUAUGUACAAACAAGCCAGUUUGCUGCUCAUCUACUUUGGCCUCCAAGUAGUAUUCGUUUCCACGCCACUCGCCAAUUUUCGCUAACCUACCUAUUAUGACCCUAACUUGUUUGUAGAAGAGAUCAAUUGAUAUGCAUAGAUAGAUGGAUAAAUGGCUCAUAAAAGACUUAAGUUCUGGAGUUUUAUUUUCAGUUGUCUUUUUUUCUUAUGUAUGACUGCACUCGUUCGGCGCGUUCAACAAUUGUUAUCUAUGCAACAUCUCCGUACCAAGAUCUGAAGAUUCAAGGCUCUUGUUCCCCAUUAAGUCUGACCACACAUUAUUACGAAGAAUUCCAUUCGAGAAUACAAGGCAUUUAUAUUUAUGUUCCAAUUAAAUAAAAAAGCUCUUUUAGCAAGUUAACAUUUUACUCAUAUUCGAUAUGGAUGGAAUCCAUUCACGGUCCCGUUGUGAUGAUUGUGCGAAGUUAGAUUUUUAGGGAGAAUGUAUACUAAAUUUAAUUAAUUGUCACUGACCCAAGCACUAAACAGGAAAUGCAUAGGUGAGACAGUAUUUGAUCUGCUGUUCUUCACUAAUGUAUUGAAAAGUCUAAGGAAGUAGAUUUCCAAAGUCACGUGAACAUGUUCUACUUAAUUAUCGAUUGCUUUUUUCGUGUAUACGUAUUUAACCGAAUAAAGUUAACAGCGAACAUUAAUGCUGGGGUUUCCUUACUUUCCGGACUGACCUGCUUAAGAUGAAUAAUCUCCUUCUAUCAAUCAUAGUUCUUGUGACUUGUUGUAACGACUUUCUCCACACUAUCCCUUAUUAUUAAACACAGCCAAUUCAAUGGUAGGUAUCAAAUGUAUUGCUGUAUAAAAUACAACCUGCUGAAUAGGCUUGCUCGAAAAACGGGCGAUGUAACUUGAAGUUUCAAUAAUGAUUGACCUGAAUUUUAAUAUGUAAUGCAUUUUAAUUCAUUGGAAAUUUUAAGUAUGCAAUUUAUAAGCAAUGUGUUUAAAUUGAUGUGUUUAUAAUAAAUAUUUCACGAAAUAGUUAAGCAUAAUUGAGCAGAAUGUGUUGAGAAUGUGUUGCAUAAUCCACCAUAAUUACAAAAGUAAUUACUGAUAAUUUGUUGCAUAAACUUGUAUGCAAAUUGAAGUGAUUUUUCUGCACUCGUGUUUUGGAAGUAUUUGCUUUUCCUUUGACUUGAUGUACUUUGACUUUUUUUUAAUGGUCAGACUAAGCGUUUUGGCAACGGUUUGGGGGUAUUUAUAAUUGAAUAACAUUAACGAUGCCGACUUAUUUAAAAGGGAAAAUAUAAUGAGGCAACGCUAUUCGAAUAAGAACUGUAUCAAUAUAUAAAAUAUAAUUAAUGCCCCUCUUACAUGGCCUUCAUUCAAAUGUUUCUACUUGUUUAUUAAGUGACACUGAACCCAAACGAAAAAAAAACUCUAUUAAGUUAAUGCUUCGGCCUUUUGUAUUUAGACAGUACUGUUACGAAUAUUAAUUCUGUAUGUCAUUGUAUAUAUUUCAAAUUUGGCUAACAGUAACGUAAAUUGCAGUUUUUGUGAAACGCUUAUGUGAUGGUUAAAAUAAUGCAAAAGUAAAGUGUUAAUUAUAUGAUGAGACUUAUGAUUUGUCACAAGUAAAGGCCUUCCUAAGGUACACUCGGGCCAUCCCUCAGUACAUUCGACAGGCGUGAUGGGCACUUAGUAUCCUCCACAUUGGAGGCUAUAUUUGUGUUGUCUGUGUUGCAGCCUGUAGAGAUUGAAGUGGUUUAGAAACCUGAGUGCAUUAUGUUAAUAAAAUUACCCUUUUAUACCAAAAGACCUAAGCCACAAAAAUGAAAUUGACACAGAUAUUUAUUCCUGCACAUUAGUUGUAGGAAGGAAAUUUUAUCAGUUUCAUACUUUUUUUAAAAAAAAUGCAAAUUGUCCCAAAGUAUUGUAGAUAUUUAUAUUGCAUGCUGGACAGUGCUAGAGUAUGCCACUUGUGUUGCUGCAUUCCAGAACUCAUGUAGUUUACCUUUGAAUUCACUCUAAUCAAGUUCCAGCUUUCAAACAUACUAAUGUUAUUCACAUUAGCAGUGAAAAAGCUUUAGUAAUAUUGCUGUAAUAUAGCAAUAUAGCUUCUUCCUGUGACUACUUUGUAAAAUGUGCCCAAUACUUCAUACUGGCACUCCAUUUAAUUUUUAAAUAGAGUGUAUUGGCAUCUGGGAGAAAACGCUGGCCAGCAGUUUUGUGAUUUCAUUAUGUUGAGCUAUUUGGACUAAAGUAAUACUCCAAAGGUUGGAAAAUGUUGUUUCUGUAUGUACACAUGCAUUCUGAAACUCUAGUGCAUUUCCUGACACUUGUACUGUGAUAGUUUUACAUUAAAUGA